AUGGAUUCAACACAAGUAACUUUGCUUAUAACACAGCUCAGUAGCCUCAGCCCGAGGCUCUCCAACGAUGACGAUAAUUCGAGGAAAGAAGCGUUGAAUAUAAGCAGGAGCCUCAUAAAAGCUCUCGAGAAAUCUGAAAACUUGGCCCUUGAACUGGCUUUCUCGCCUUUAAUCACGGUUUCUGCUAAUAUUGCUAUUGAUCUUGAUCUUUUCAAGCUCAUUGUAAAACACGGGCCCGUCGGCUCCAGGGAGCUGGAGUCACUCUCAGGCGGAGAGGAGCUACUAAUUGUCCGUAUCCUACGACCCUUGGCAUCAAUAGGAUUUGUUGACAAGGUUAGCGAAAGAGUAUGGGAGCCAACGUCAGUGACUAGGGCCAUGACUACGGAGUGGAUUGGCGUAGGCCAUCGAACGAUCAAAGUAAUAGCCAGAGGUGCUACACAUAAAGUCCCAGACUGUUUUCGAGAAGUCGGGUAUUAUUGUCCUACCGAUCCUCGCGAUGGCUUGGUGCAAUAUACAUACCAGACAAGUCUAAGCUUGUUUCAGUACUUGGCUACAGUCCCCCGCAUGUCUAAUGACUUCAACCUGUUUAUGGGAAGUACAAUGGGGGCUCGGAGUUAUUGGGUUAACUGGUAUUCAGUUGAGGAACGUCUGCUAAAAGGGGCAACUCAAGACACGGUGCUUCUCGUGGACGUAGGAGCUGGUGAGGGUCACGACACACUCGCAUUCCAUGCAAGGUAUCCGAACCAGGGACGCCUAAUUCUCCAGGAUAUAGUACCUCUAUUUGAUAGCAUACAGGCUAUGGAUGGGGCCAUCGAGUGCAUGACCUACAACUUCUUUACCGCACAGCCGGUAGCAGGUGCACGAGCAUAUUUCUACCAUCAUAUCUUGCACGACUGGUCUAAUACUAUGUGUUUGGAGAUACUGAAGCAAGUGCGGGCGGCCAUGACACCAGGGUAUUCGAAACUUCUACUACAUGAAAUGAUUAUACCGGAAAAGGGCGCAUCGACUUCUCAUGCCGUGCUUGAUCUCACUAUGAUGGUUGCCAACGCGGGCAUGGAGAGAACUGAGAGUCGGUGGUGGGCGCUACUUGAAAAUGCUGGACUUCAGAUCGUCAAGGUUUGGCCGGCUUCGGAGGAAGAUGCCGAUGGGAUAAUAGAAGCAAUGCUUCCAGAAUAA